AGCAACAAAGCAAUUUCCUUACAGCCACGAUGAGCAUCAGGACAUUUUUUUGUUUGAUUGGUAUCAGUCAGCUCAGCUGAGGGGAAUUCGCAGUGGCUGUAGCUAUAGAAGCCAGCCAGAAAACCCUCAGGGAAGGAAGAAACGGCAGGCACUAAUUUGACCUAAUUUGUCUUUAUGUUCAGGAUAAAAGAGCAACAGCAUUCAUGAAGUAUCUGUUGUUUCCUCUCUCAAAGAGAGAAUCAUUUUCUCCCCCUCCAAACAAGAGAGGGAGGAACUGUUCACAAGAAAAUUUCUCAUGAUCAGUUCCUUUGUGAAGUUAACACCAGUUCCCCCAAUGCCCCAAGGGCAGAGAGCACAAAAAAAACCUAAACUUUCUAUAUCAGAGCUGCAGUCCCCAGCUCUGCUGCUAGAUGGCGCCACCAUGUCACAAGUUAGCGAGAGCAGCAGCGAGUUAGCACACAUGCUAACUCAUUACCCAGUUUUAUCCAUAAAAAUCAGCAGAAGGGGAAUCCUCUCAGAUUUUAGUGGAAGAAAUAGCCUCUUUGUUGAGCAAGAGAGCAAUAUUGAUUGUGGAUUAUAGAGUUAUGUGUAACGGUUAUGCAUACUAAUCACUUCCAUACUAAAUAUACAUUAUACUAAAACAAAUAGGUCUAGCAGAGACCACCAGAAAGUCUCGCCUGCUGAGAAUUAUUGCUGCUCUGUAAUUGGCCAAAAUGGGAUGUUCGACUUUUACGAAAACCUCUACUCUUCCCUUUGGGACCGGGAAUGGACCUCUGACCUACUUUUAGUACGUUCUAAAUUUCUGCGUUUUGAAUUUUAGAAAAUUGAAUUUGGUGUUUUGAAUUUGUCUUUGUUGAAAACUGUAUUUAGCAGUCUAAGAAUUCAACAAAUCAAAGCUGCAAGCAGCAUUGAAAGGGCCCUCGCACCCGGGACCACCACCACCCGGAGGCCUUAGGAAAAUAGUGAACAGUGGGCGACAUGCAUUUAAAUAUGUAAAUAUAGGAGAAAUAUGGCAAAGUUUUUUUAAUGUGCCACACUUCCUGCUGCCAGCAGGUGGCACUAUAACUAUGUAUGCCUGACUUACAACUUCCUGUUUCAUGGCAAAACAUCAAAUUUUGUCAGGCCGCCACAAACACGCGCUUCAGCAAAAAACUCAAGAUCUUCACAAUUUAACGUCGCAAAAGCCUUUAGAUUAGGCUGACCAAAUAUGAUGUUGAUCUGAUAAAAUCUCUAGGAGGAGUUUAAGUACAACGUCUGGAAAUGGCAAAAACUGCAAAAAUAUCUCGCUUCCUGUUGUGUUUUCAGAUUUUGCUCCCAUGGACUUUUUUGUAGGCUGUUACCUGUGUACCGAAUUUCAUACCUGUAUGUGAAACUUCGAAAUUUUGUAGGUGGUGCCAUCGAGCCAUUUUGCCACACCUAAUUCUGAAACCCAUAUCAAUUUUCCCCCACUUCUGAUGAGUAUGCAAAGUUUCAUGAGUUUUUGAGCAUAAUUAGGACCUCAAAAAUGCAAUUCAUUUCAGAGUAGAAGAAUAAUUGACCGAGCAAUUACAAUAGAGUCAACAUCAUCCAAAGUCGUCAAAGUUCAUCUUCAGGAGUUUGUGUUAAUUUUCUUAAUGAAUUUGUAUCACUCCGUUCUCUUUUUUUAUGAAGGAAAGUAAUAGUUUGCUGAAGUAGAGGCCAUAAUACUUUUAAGAGAGACGUGAAUCUGAAUCAGUAAUCUUUAACUGGUUCUUCAAUGUUUUUCAUUAGAACAUCAUCUAGUUUCUCUUUCACUUCUACUCUUCCAUGCAAAUGCAAGAUAUACUUUCAUGUAUCUUUGAAACUGGACAUGUUUCUUCUCUUUUUCUCUUGAGAUUUGGCUCUGAAGUCCGUAAGAGAGAUCUGUCUCAUUUGCUUUCAUGUUUACUUGUAUUUGCUUAAUGUAAUGAUUGAUUAAACACAUUAGACUACUCAUUUUAUCAACAUGUUGUUGUCCAUUUUUAUUUCCUGCUGAUUCUGCUUCAACCAGGAAUAAUUUCAUAAUUUUAGUUCUGAAAGGUAUUUGCUUUUUGAGCUUAAUCACCUGGUUUCACAGACAAGUUAUAAGCUACUCCUAGACUAAAUUGCAUGUUUGAGCUGUUUUAACUGAAAGUAACUUAAUAUAUGUUAGAACCAUUGUUUUGUCUCAAGAUGCACACCAGUAAUGUUAUUUUGUGUACGUUUAUAAAAGCUACUUAAAUAUCCUAAUUGAACUAAAGCUUAAGUCUGUGAAACUGGGCCUGCGUUUUUUUUUUAAAUUUUGUUUUUUAAAAUGCCUAAUAAAUCAUAUUUCACCACGCACAUGACUGACAUUGAAUGACAUUGUUGUCUGUCUACAUUAUUAACAGUUUCACCCUUGAUAUCCAGUAUCAUAUACAGUUGUAAGAAAAAGUAUGUGAACCACUUGCAGAAUCUGUGAAAAUGUGAAUAAUUUUAACAAAAUAAGAGACCAUUCAAAAUGCAUGUUAUUUUUUAUUUAGUACUGUGCUGAAUAAGAUAUUUUAUAUAAAAUAUGAUUAUAUUUAGUCCAUGAGACAAAACAAAAAAUAGCUGAAUUUAUUAAACUGACCCAGUUCAAAAGUAUGUGAAGCAUUAAGAGUUGGCAGGGUGAAAACUUUUGAAUGUCUGAAUUGUACGUAAGUUUUCUUACGGGAAACAAGUAUCUUCUGUUGCUUCCAAAGGGCAGUAAUAAAUGAAAAACAACAAAAGUUUUUUUUUUUUUUUUUUUUGUAUGAUCCCUUUUAUUUUAUAAAAAUUAUUCACAGAUUCUGCAAGUGGUUCACAUACUUUUUCUUGCCACUGUAUUUCAAAGUGUUUGUUCUAGUCAGUUUGAUGUUCAUUCACACCAUGAAGAGCAAUGAACUCUAAACAACAUGUUUUUUCUUUUCUUUUUUUAAUAAACUAAAAUGAUCUAGUCUCAAUCUUACCACUGCUUUACACAACAACCAUCAGAAAGAGAGCUGCUGGGACAGAUAAGCGGUGUGUAAUUCUUGUUAUUUUUGUGUGAUUAUUUUAAUGUUUUUGUGAUUGUGAACAGUAUUUGGCGCAUCUUUUUUAUUAUUGUUUUAAAUAAUUAUAAUUACAUUCAGGGGGUUUUGAAUAAACAACCAAUCAAUCAAUCAAGAAAAAAUAUAUAAAUAAAAUAAGCCAGUGAUAAAUUUAAAAGAUAGAAAUAAAAGUUAAAUAAUAUGAACAUGUUUACAAAUAGAAACACAAGGCUUAUUUCCCCCAAAUUUACAUUUAUGAAUGCUAAAUUUAGCCACAAGAAGCAGCAGAUUUAUUAAAUAAUAUUCUUUAUGAUAACAUUUGUUACAGGAGAAAAAACAAAACAAAUAAAACAUUUUUAAAGCACAAUUCAAAGCGAUGUGACCCAAAUCUGACCAAAAACAAACUAAAUGAGGACAACUCCAAAAUAAAUGGUAUAAUGUUUCAGCAUGUAAACCACAAAAUGUACAAAAUAUUUCAAUAUCAAAAUCUGUUUACCUUUUGGCGCGUCUUUGAUCAUCUGCCGUUGGCGGCCGAUGACGUCACCGCUCGCGCCUUCCCUCAGUCAGUCAGUUUCAGCGUCGAGUCUUCUGAGUCACAUCAUCAAUGAAGCUCCUCCCACAAUAAUCACAUCAUCAGUAAAACUCCACCCAUAUCAUGCACAUCAUCAGUGAAGCUCCUCCCACAGCAAUCCUCCAAUAAAUGCUGGAAUAUUCCCAUCAGACGAGCAUCAGAGCAUCAGGAAGAGCUGAAAUCUGCAAAGACUGAGUUUACUAAAGAGGACAGUGAGAACAUGAGUGAUCCAGAACCCUGCAGAAUGAAACACACUGAAGAUACUGAAGAACAAAGAGAUAUGAUUAAAGAGGAGGAGGAGAGUGAAGAACUAAGUGAAGUGGAGGAGAAACAUCAUGUCAAACCUGGAGAAAAACCUUUGAGUUGCUCAAAGACUAAAAAGACAUUUUUAAAGAAAAGAAGAGCAAAGAAAUCUACAACCUGCACUCAGUGUGGAAAGAGUUUCACACACAAAUGUCGUCUUGAUGUUCACAUGAGAGUUCAUACUGGAGAGAAACCGUUCCCAUGUGAUCAGUGUGGGAAGAGCUUCACACGAAAAAUAAUUCUUAACGAACACAUGAAUGCUCACACUGGAGAGAAGCCGUUCACAUGUGAUCAGUGUGGGAGGUGUUUCAGUCUAUCAUCAAACCUUAGAGAUCACAUGAGGAUCCACACUGGAGGGAAGCUGUUCACAUGUGAUCAAUGUGGGAAGAGUUUCACAUACAAAAAUAGUCUUAAGCGUCACAUGAAAGCCCACACUGGAGAGAGACCGUUCAUGUGUGAUCAGUGUGGGAAGAGAUUUAUUGGGUCAUCAGAGCUGAAGACACACCUGACAGUUCAUACGAAGGAUAAGCCACAUUCAUGUUCUGUGUGUGGAAAGAGUUUUUCACAGCUGCAAAAUUUACAGAGACAUCAGAAAAUACACACUGCUGUGAAAGAGUACAUGUGCUUUGAGUGUGAGAAGACUUUUAUUUCAGCAAACUGUUUAAAACGGCACCAGAGAAUUCACACUGGAGAGAAACCGUACAAGUGUUCACACUGUGACAAGAGAUUCAGUUGUUCAUCAAAUCUGAAAACACAUGAGAGGAUCCACACUGGAGAGAAACCUUACAAGUGUUCAUACUGUGACAAGAGAUUCAGCUGUUCAACACAUCUGAAAAGACAUGAGAGGAUCCACAUUGAAGAAAAACCUUACAAGUGUUCACACUGUGACAAGAGAUUCAAUCUGUCAUCAUCUCUGAAAACACAUGAGAGGAUCCACACUGGAGAGAAACCUUACAAGUGUUCACACUGUGACAAGAAAUUCAGAUGUUCAACACAUCUGAAAAGACAUGAGAGGAUGCACACUGAAGAAAAACCUUACAAGUGUUCACACUGUGACAAGAGAUUCAGUGUGUCAUCAUCUCUGAAAAGACAUGAGAAGAUCCACAGUGGAGAAAAAACGUACAAGUGUUCACACUGUGACAAGAGAUUCAAUCAAUCAGAACAACUGAAAACGCAUGAGAUGUUUCACUAUUAAAAGUCACCUGAAGAUACACAUGAAGAUCCAUACAGAGAAGAAACCACAUCACUUCUAUCUAUUUGGGGAAAGGUUCAUCCAGUUAUAUUCUUUAUUCACACAUAUUUGUUUGACUUUUGGUGUGAAACGACCAUCUGUCAACAAUUGUUCUCGCAUUUUUGCAUAGUUUGGAGGCUUAUAAAUAGAUAAAGCAAUGCUUUUCUUCAACAUUUUUCUUUGAGCAAAAAAGAUUCACAUGCGAGUUCACACUGGGAAGAAGCAGAUCAGUGAAAUCACAUCUGCCAGAUCUUCUAGAUCUUCAAAUCCAGCAGUGCGACAGCAAACGCGACACGAUAAAGCAUCUCUUCCAUAGAAAUCUGUCCUGAUCAGCUGCAGCGAAAGACACGACAAAGAAGCAUCAUCCAAAGCUCAUCUUCAGGAGUUUAUGUUAAUGUUCUUAAUGGAUUUGUAUCACUGUAAGUUCUCUUUUAUGAAGGAAACUAGUAUUUUUUUUUUUAAAAGUAUGAACUUCUUGUGUUCCUAUAGUUCAGGAGCUGUAGAGGCCAUAAUAUUUUUAAGAGAGACAUGAAUCUGAUAAUAAUUUUUAACUCGUUUUUGAUUAGAACAUCUAGUUUCUCUUCCACUU